AUGUCUAGCGAGCCCGACGAGAAUACGACGGAUACGAUUUUCUCGCUCUCGCUGAACCGCGACGCCGGUCCCACCAUCAUCUUCCUCCACGGCCUCUGCUCCAACCACACCGAGUACACGCACGUGCUCCCCCUUCUGGCCGACCACCACCUCCUCGCCGUCGACCUGCCGGGCCACUCGCGGUCAGCGCCCAUCCAGCCAUUCAGUCUCGCCGGCGCGGCCGAACAGGUCGCGCGCGUGAUCGAGCGGGAGGCGCACGACCGGCGCGCACACGUCGUGGGGUGCUCCCUCGGCGGGUUCGUCGCGCUGGACCUCGCGCUGCGGCGUCCCGAGCUCGUCGAGUCCCUGUUCGUCACGGGUGCGGCCCCCUUUGCCGGAUUCAGGAGAUGGUUCGCCGAGCACCCCAGCGUCCUGUACUGUCUCCAGGCGCCUAUCUCCAAGUACAGCCCCGGCUGGGUCGACGGGGUCAUCUGCGCGUGGAUCGGGCUGCAAAAGCCUGCCGGCCUGCGCGAGGAGGAGAAGAGGAACUUCAGCAGGAAACUCCUGGCCGACGCGUUCACGGGCAUCGCGCAGUUUGUCGCGGCGGAUCUGCGCUCGCUCCGUGUCAGGACCUUGACCGUCGCCGGCGAGGCCCAGGACGAUGUGCACGCGACCUGCGCCAUGGCUGAAUUACUGAGAGAAGGUAACCGCGAGAGUCAGGCGGCUAUCGUCCGAAGGGGGGCGCAUGCUUGGGAUUUGCAGUCUCCGGAAUUGUUCGCGAAGAGCGUCAAGGCUUGGAUUGACGGGGACGAUCUUCCAGAUGGUCUGGUACUGGUGAUAUGA